GGGGGGGUGUGCCAGCCGGAUUCGGUCCGGUCCGCGAGUGGGGGAUGAAUCGGCACCGGGAUAAACGGUUCUGAACAAUUAUUCAUGUUCCAUGCUCGCUUUUGAUUGUGACUGACUCCGCCGAGAGAGGGAGAGAGGUGGGUGGGGGGUGGGGGGGUAUAUCAUGGCCGCUCAGGUCGCCAGCGCCGCCACACUGAACACAAGCCCGCCUUCCGAGCUCAAAAAGCCGGAUCGAGAGUCCAAGGAGGACACGGUACUGGGGGAGAAGCAGUCCGACAGAAAGCACCCCGGGCUGGACGGCGAAUCACCGGGCAGGGGGGAUCUGCAGGACGGCGCCGACGCUGGAAAUGCAGGAGGAGGAGGGGAGCCAGAUAUGAAGAACGGCAAUGGGAACCCGCCCAGAGCUAACAAUAAUAACCAGAAUGACAACGUUGGGCCGGAGGGAAACAACCACCCGGGUAUGGUGCACCACCACAACACCGCUUUCCCUCCGCCGUCGUACGGAUACAGUCAGCACUACAGCCGGGCCCCUUUUCAUCAACAUGGCGGACAACAAAGCCCUGGCAUGGCAGCUGCUGCGGGUCCGGCCGUUCAGCCCGGCAACAUCAUGGACCCUUACCUUCCCAAUUCGCACGACUUUCCCAACCACCAGUUCAACAAUUACAGCCCGUUCCCGAACAGGACUCCGUACUCGGGCCAAGCGUACGCCGUGAACUCGCCUCGCAGUAGCCAGGCGCCGACAGCUGGGGGGCAGCCAGCUAAGCAGCAGCAAGCGCCGACGGGAGGACCCGCCGCCAUGGCUGGAUCUUACAACAACCAGCGAUACAGCAUAGGAAACCCUCAGCCCACAUCCACGCCGACGCUCAACAAGCUCCUGACGUCCCCGAGCUCCACGCGGGCUUAUUCCAGCUACCCGUCCGGCGACUACACUAGCCAGGAGGGAGCUAGCAAGGGAGCAGCAGACAUGGGCGCUAGCGGUCAGUAUGGAGGCAGCAAUCCGCCGACUUGGCAACAAAGAAGCCAUCACCCGUCGCCUCUGAGCCCCGGGAGCGCCGGGCAGCCGCUAGCUAGGAGCCAGCCGCCUGGUUCCAUGGACCCGAUGGUGAAAAUGCGAGGGCAGCCAUACGGUGCCGGUAGCCCAUACAGUCAACAGUCACAGCAAGGACCUCCCGCAGGGCAGCAGGGUCCCGGAUAUCCUAGCCAGGGAUACGGCCCCGCCGGACCUCAACGAUACCCAGUCGGCAUGCAAGGACGAACUCCCGGAGGCAUGAGCGGGAUGCCCUACGGUCCGCAGAUGGGGUCCUAUGGACAGCAGGGACCGGGAGGAUAUCCCUCGCAGGGCCCGUAUUACGGUCAGGGUGGUCAGAGCCCCCACCCAAGCCAGCAUCAAACCCCUUAUUCUCAGCCCCAACCUGGACAACCGGGAGGCCAAGCACCUUACCCGGGGCAACCCCACCAGCCACCGUCUGCACCACACGGCCAGGGAGGAGCCCCUUAUCAGCAGCCUCAUAUUCCUCCUCAAUCCCAGGGUCCACCUCAAGGUCCUGCACAAUCUCAGCCGCCGUAUUCCCAAGCGUCGGCCCCGCAGCCCGGCCAGUCCCCGUACCAGCAGCAGGGACAAGUGGGCCAGACCCCCCAGCAGCCGAGCUCCCAGGCUCCCCCAGGAUCACAGGCCAACUAUCCGGCAUCCACGCAGCCGCCUCAGCAGCCCCCCUCGCAGCAGCAGCAGCAACAGCAACAGUCGCAGACACCCCAGCACCCACAGGGCCAGUCUGGAGCGUACCAACAGAACCCUCAGCAGCAGCAGCAGCAGCAAGCACAACAGUCACCUUAUCAACGCUUUCCUCCUCCACAACAACAGGAGCUACCCCAAGAUUCAUUUCAGUCCAACGCUCCACCAUCUUCGCAGCAAAAAGGUGGUCCAGAGGACAGUCAGGGGCGUCCCUCCAGCCUUCCGGUCAGUCAUGACCUGUCGGGGUCCAUUGACGACCUGCCCACCGGUACAGAUGGCGCCCUCAGUCCCGGAGUGAGCACGCCGGGUGUUUCGAGCAGCCAGGGCGAACAGAGCAACCCGGCUCAGUCGCCCUUCUCGCCUCACACGUCUCCGCACCUGCCGGGCAUCCGAGGACCGUCGCCUUCUCCGGCCGGUUCCCCGGCCAGUGCCAGUACACCCCGCGCUGGACCGCUGUCACCUGCCAACAUGACAGGGAACCAGAUGCCUCCAAGGCCAUCGAGUGUGCAGUCAGAUGGCAGCCUUCACCCUGGCAUGAGCCAGUCUCCCCUGGCCCCAGACCGAGGGUUUAUGCAGAGAAACCCUCAGAUUCCCCCUUACGGUUCCCCACAGUCAGCCUCGGCGCUGUCUCCACGACAGUCCUCAGGGGGACAGAUGCAUCCUGGGAUGGCUCCUUAUCAACAAAAUAACUCCAUGGGUGGAUAUGGACAACAGGGGGGACAAUACGGGCCCCAGGGUUAUCCUCGCCAACCCAGCUUUGGUAACAUGCCCAAUGCCAACUACCCUGGGACGGGCAUGGGGCCGAUGACCGGUCAAGCUGGGGGACAACCGUAUGGCGGCAUUCCCCCGGGAAGGUUGCCGCUAAAUCAAAUGGGAGCGCGUCCUUACGGCCCCGGUAUGGGUCCCAACAUGGGCCCUAACAUGGGCAACAUGCCAUCCCAGGUUAGCUCAGCGAUGUGCCCGCCUCCGGGCAUGAACCGAAAACACCAGGAUCCUGCCGCCAUGCAGCACCCUGCCUCAAACUCAUUACACAACAGGAUGUCUGGUUAUCCGAACAUGCCACCCGGCAUGAUUGGUUCCGGCUCUCCUUAUGGUCCUGCUAUGAACAACAUGCCUGGAAUGAUGAACACCCAAGGUGGACCCCCCUAUUCCAUGGGGCCAAACAUGGCCAACAACUCAAGUGGCAUGUCUCCCAGUCCAGAGAUGAACAAUAAGAUGAAUAAUAAAGUAGAUGGCGGCGGAACACCCAAGUCAGAGUCCAAAUCAAAGAAAUCCAACUCUUCUACGACAACCAGUGAAGUCAUAACGCAUCUGUAUGAGUUAGGACCUGAACCCGAAAGAAAGAUGUGGGUGGAUCGCUAUUUAUCUUUUAUUGAGGAGAAAGCCAUGGGCAUGACCAACUUGCCCGCUGUGGGGCGCAAACCGCUUGACCUCUUCCGGCUGUAUAUGUCAGUAAAAGAUAUCGGAGGCAUGACACAGGUGAAUAAAAACAAGAAAUGGCGAGAUUUGGCCACUUCCUUGAAUGUGGGCACAUCUAGCAGUGCCGCCAGUUCUUUGAAAAAACAGUACAUCCAGUGUUUGUACGCCUUUGAGUGUAAAAUCGAGCGUGGCGAAGACCCCCCACCUGAGAUUUUUACAGAUAACAAGAAGAACCAAACCGCAAAGGUCCAGCCCCCCUCGCCAGCGUCCCUCUGCUCCACAGCAGGGUCAGGCUCACUUCAGGGCCCGCAGACUCCCCAGUCGACCAGCAGCUCCAUGGCUGAGGGUGGAGACUUAAAACCUCCCACCCCGGCCUCCACUCCUCAUACCCAGUUGCCCCCCAUGCCGCCUGGUUCCAGAAGCAGUGUUAACCUGCAGGACCCCUUUUCUGAAGGGAGCGACCCUCCUUACCCACGCAAAAACAUGACACCCAACUCUGCGUAUCAGUCCGGCAUGAGCACCCCAGACAUGCAAGGCCGAAUGGGCCCCUAUGAACCCAACAAAGACCCCUUUAGCAACAUGAGAAAAGUCGGGGAGCAGUUUUUUCCUGGUAACCAAGGCCCUAACAGCGGGGUGGGUGACCAGCAGCAACAACCGCCACAACAACAACAGCAGCAGCAGCAGCAGCCCCCAUUCAACCGAGGACCACCCGGGGCCAUGGGCACGAUGCCAAUGGGGCCCAGACAACAAUAUCCUUAUGGACCGGGUUAUGACAGGAGAUCUGAGGCAGGGAUGGGUCCAGAAGGCAACAUGGGAUCUGGUGCUCCUCAGCCAAACUCGAUGAUGCCUGCAAACGCCGACACUGGGAUGUAUUCGCCAAAUCGCUUCCCACCACAGCAACCAAGACAUGAUUCCUAUGGUAAUCAGUAUCCUGGACAGGGAACGCCCCCUACUGGCUCCUAUCCCAAUCAGCAGCCUGGAAUGUAUCCACAUCAGCAGCAGGGCUACAAGCGUCCUGUGGAAGGAGGUUACCCGCCUUCAAAACGUCACGAGUCUGAGUACAGUGGCCCUUUUCCAGGGGGACAACAACAACAACCACCACCACCACAACAGCAGCAGCAGCAGCAACAACAACAAGGCGGCGGCCCCCCACCCCCUUCGGGACAGCAGGAGCCGUACAAUCAAUACAGCGGCAGUGGACCUUACCCGGGCUCUGACCGGCGCCCCCCCGGACCAGGAAAUCAGUUCCCGUUUCCCUUUGGCCGCGAACGGUUGCAAGGAACGACCGGCCCCAAUGCUCAGCCCUCCAUGCCCCCCCAGAUGAUGCAGUCAGGCCCAGAAGGCCCUCAAGGAAGCAUGUGGCAAGGACCACGGGACAUGAACUACCAGAACUUCCACGGGAGGCAGGGCGGCCCGGGGGGCCCGCCCCAGGGACCGGGUUACCCUGGGAUGAACCGCUCUGAAGAGAUGAUUCCAUCAGAACAGCGCAUGAAUCACGACAGCCAGUGGGGCAGUCAGAUGGGCCCGCGACAGCCUCCCUAUGGUCCCGCGGGCCCGGGUCAACCGAUGCCUCGUUCUGUGCAGUCCAACUACCAGCCCCCCCAGGCCGUGCAGAACCACAUUCCACAAGUGUCCAGCCCAGCCUCCAUGCCCCGCCCUUUGGAGAGUCGGACCUCGCCAAGUAAAUCCCCCUACAUGCACGGAGUGAUGAAAAUGCAAAAGGCCGGCCCGCCCGUGCCGGCGUCGCACAUCGUGCCCUCUGCGGCGCAGUCGCCCCUGAUAAGACGAGACAUGCCUUUCCCGAUGGGCUCUGUCGAAGCGUCCCAUCCCGUCCUGAAACCGCGACGCAGACUCACCAUGAAAGAUAUCGGAACUCCAGAAGCCUGGCGGGUCAUGAUGUCAUUAAAGUCUGGUCUAUUAGCUGAAAGUACCUGGGCUUUAGAUACAAUCAAUAUUCUCCUCUAUGAUGAUGGAAGUAUUUCAACCUUUGAUCUGAAUACGCUGCCCGGGCUACUCGAGUUGGUGGUCGAGUACUUCAGACGUUGCCUCAUUGAGAUCUUCGGGAUUCUGCGGGAAUACGAGGUGGGGGACCCCGGCCAGAGGACGUUACUUGACCCCGACGCCUUGAAAGAACUGGCGAAUGCCGCGGAGGAAGAGGGAGCGCAUACGGAAGACGUGGAUCUGGAAGACGAUGAUGUGGAUGAGGAGGAACAAGACACGGAGCGGUCACCUCAUAUAAAACAGGAGGACGAGCCUAAGGAAUGUUCGGAGUCGCAGGAAGGCGAUGAGAAGGACAAACAGUGCAAGGGAUCCUCAUCCGACCAAACUGAUGCACUGCCGUCUUCAGCACCUCGCGACAGGCCCAAGCAGGCAAGCAAGUUUGACAAGUUUCCUCUCAAGGUGCUACGAAAGAGAGACCCCUUUGUCGCUCCACAUACCAGCAAUCACGGCAAACUGCAAGAGUUUGACAGCGGGUUACUUCACUGGAGUGCAGGAGGAGGAGACUCGACAGAGCACAUCCAGACUCACUUUGAACCGCGUAAAGACUUCUUAGAAUGCCGACAGCGAAUACCGGUGCCCCACAGCGUGCUGAAAAGGCGAAUCCGAGAAGAUUUCCUCGAUUACGGUUUGCCGACAGACGAGGAGAAAAAGAGCGACGGCGACGUCGGGUCGAAGGAGAGCACGUCCUCGUCAGGGAAGGCGACCGUCUCGUCGGACAGCCCGGCCCUCUCCAAUGAGGAGGAGAACAAAUUGGAGUCAAAAGCGGCAGAGCAAAGUCACCAGGAAAAUAACAGACCCGUCCCUUCCGUUGUUAGUGUUCUAACGCAUCAGGUCAACGCCAUCCUGGAGGAUGAGCCUCACAGCAAAGACGAGGGUCCGCUCGUCUCGCUAGCAAACUGGCAGGAUUCCUUAGCUCGGCGCUGCGUUUGCAUCUCCAACAUCAUCCGCAGCCUCUCCUUUGUCCCGGGAAACGACCACGAGAUGUCCAAACAUCCAGGGCUGCUGCUGCUACUGGGUCGCCUCAUCCUGCUCCACCACCGGCACCCCGAGCGCAAACAGGCCCCGCUCACCUACGAGAAAGACGAGGAAACCGAAGAGGGGACGGGCCAGAGGGACGAAUGGUGGUGGGACUGCUUGGAGCUCCUGAGGGAAAACACGCUGGUCACGUUGGCAAACAUCUCGGGCCAACUCGACCUAUCCGUUUACCCCGAGAGCAUCUGCCUGCCUCUUCUGGACGGUCUUCUCCACUGGGCAGUCUGCCCAUCUGCGGAAGCCCAGGACCCCUUCCCCACCUUGGGCCCGCACAGCGCUCUGUCCCCCCAGAGACUGGUCCUGGAGACGCUGAGCAAGCUAAGCAUCCAAGACAACAACGUCGACCUCAUCCUCGCCACCCCGCCGUUCGCUCGGUUGGAGAAGCUGUACGGGAAUCUCGUGCGGCUCGUCGGAGAGAGGAGGGUGGCCGUCUGCAGGGAGAUGGCCGUGGUCCUGUUAGCCAACCUGGCGCAGGGCGAUACUUUGGCAGCCCGGGCCAUCGCUGUCCAGAAGGGCAGCGUGGGCAACCUACUGGGCUUUCUGGAGGACAGUCUGGCGGCCACCCAGUUCCAGCAGAGCCAGAGUUCUUUUGUACACCUGCAGGGGAUGCACUUCGAGCCCACCAGCCCGGACAUGAUGAGGCGGGCUGCCAGGGCGCUGCACGCGUUAGCCAAGGUGGAGGAGAACCACUCGGAGUUCACUUUACACGAGUCCCGGCUCCUCGACCUCUCUGUGUCCCCCCUCAUGAACUCGCUGGUCUCUCACGUGAUCUGCGAUGUACUCUUUUUGAUCGGCCAGUCCUGACAGCUGUAGGGAGCCGUGGCUCCUCCUUCACGGGAGAGGGGACGCGGGGUCCCUUCCCUUCCCGCCCCGCCCUCUUCUUCCUUCGGUAUCCCGGCUUGUAUGUAACAGGGCAAGUGACUCUUAUUUAUGAAAAUUUUCAGAUUCCAUUCUCUGAGCCCUCCCCACGGGCAUCCUCGCUCCAGAAGCCACACCGAGUGACACGACUUGCAAAACUAAACGCCGAUUGGAGAGCAGAGUCGGGAAACUGUUCUGCACUUGGGAGGGCGGUGGGGUGGCGUAACUUUUUACUAAAGAUAAAUAAUAAAUGAAUGAAUAAAUAAAUAAAUAAAUAGCUAAAAAAACAAAAACUGUAACCAAAGUUGCUGUCUCGUUUACAGUGAGUUUGGGAGACUCGGUGUGUGUGCCCUAAGCUCCCCCCCCCCUCGCCCCCCCGCCCCCCACCCCUCCGGAGGGCACAACGAGUCUGUACCUGGUUGGCGUUCGGAUGUAAAGCAGACCGACAAAAGCGGCCUACCGGUUCUAGUCGCCGUUGUCGGAUCACCGCCAGUCGGCCCAAACAGGCGGCAGCGUGCAGUAGAUUGUAGGACAUUUUCUGUACCGUUCCGGUUUCGCACGACUCGAGUUUGGCGUGGAACAGAAAAUGGCUUUCUUCCCCAAAGUAUCAAGAAAACACCCUUACCUCCUCUUUAUCCCUUGAUUGUAUGAAUUCCCCUUACGAAAGGAAAUCACCCCUUAGGACUGGUUUUCAUCUUCAGAAACAGCUUUGCUGUGGUGUAUAUAUAUAUAACGUUGUACAUUACACUUUCUGUGUCUGUCUCUGUCUGUGUCACUAUUCUCACACGUGUUAUUGUUGAGGGAUGAAGGGGGUUGGGGGGGGGGGGGUCAAGCGCAUCCUCCACUUCCUGCUGAUUUCGACCUACUCCUCUGGUCUCCCCACAGCUCUGUAGUGCAACAGACACAGCUCCGACCUGUUGUUUCCCGGUACAACACAACCUAGAUGAAGUACACAUUUGACAAUUUUUUUCUUCAGUCAUGGAUUCUUCAUAUUUGUAUUUCAGACUAUGUAGCUAAGAAAUGUAAAUUCCCCUUUGCCCCUUUUUUUGCUCAAUGAAUAUCAUUUAUUCAGUAUGAAAUCUUUAUACUAUAUGUUCCACGUGGUAAGAAUAAAUGUACAUUAAAUCUUCCU